AUGUUAAAAAAGUCAAUUAUUCUUAUGUUGUUGUUGGUUCCACUGAUUAAUCCAAAUGUUUAUAUUUUAAAUAUUAACGAGAUCGAAAACAACGAAGUAAAUCGCGAAGAACCUCCACCUUACACUGAAUAUGCCAAAAUGGCUCGUUGGUUAGUACAUAAUGUAGAAUGGACAGCUAUGGGAACAAUCUCAACUUAUCCGACGAUUAAUGGAUUUCCAAUGGUGAAUGUCAUAGCAAUUGCUGACUCAGAAAAAGGUGCAAAGUCUACAGGCAACAUUUAUUUUUAUCUCACCAUGUUGGAUUUCACUGCACAAGAUUUAUCAAAGAAAAAUCAAUUAACUGCCUUAUUAACAAUGGAUCAGAAUCUUUACUGUACAAAACAAAACGUCGAUCCAAUGGAACCAACUUGUGCUCGCAGCAUGAUAAGUGGUGAAGCUUUACGUGUUCCUAAAGAUUCUAAAGAAUUUGAAUUCGCUACAAAUGCCAUGAUAAGUCAUCAUCCAGCAAGUGUUAACUGGCUUAACACCCACAACUUCUUCUUAUGUAAACUCAACAUUUCAUCAAUUUGUAUUCUUGAUUGGUACGGUGGGCCUCAUUUUGUGACUGUAGAAGAUUAUUACAAGGCUGAUAUUGAUUCUAAUAAAAAUAAAUUUCCACAUUUCAACUGA